AUGGUCGCUCCCGCUCAGAAGAAGCCCGCUACUGGAGGAAAGGCUCCUGCCCCCGCUGGCAAGGCCCCCGCUACCGAGAAGAAGGAAGCCGGCAAGAAGACCGCCACCGGCGAGAAGAAGAAGAGCAAGAAGGUCCGCAAGGAGACCUACUCCUCCUACAUCUACAAGGUCCUCAAGCAGGUCCACCCCGACACCGGUAUCUCCAACAAGGCCAUGUCCAUCCUUAACUCUUUCGUCAACGACAUCUUCGAGCGCGUUGCCACUGAGGCUUCCAAGCUUGCCGCCUACAACAAGAAGUCUACCAUCUCAUCCCGCGAGAUCCAGACCUCCGUCCGUCUUAUCCUCCCUGGAGAGUUGGCCAAGCACGCCGUCUCUGAGGGUACCAAGGCCGUCACCAAGUACUCUUCUUCCUCCAAAUAA